UCCUGUUUACUCGCGAUUUUCGGCACAUUCGCGACACCCAUCGCAGGCUGCAGUUAAGCAGCGCGCCGAGGCAUUCACGUGAAGCACUCAAAGCCUCGCAGGCACUCACAGCCGCUAUAUGGCACAAACGGACUUCGACUCGGACGGGGGUUGUACUUUCGAUUGUUGCGCAAUGGCCAAAUCGGUGGCACCAGCGCGAAACACCAAGGGAAGCGCCACAGCCGCUGCCACUGCCACAACCAUACAUACACGCAGGGGCACCACAACAGUCACAUUUGUGCUGCUGCUGGUCCUCUGCUGCUUGUGCGAUUACAACUAUGGAAGCUGGGCCUCACAGUGCUGGAGGAAGCACAACUCUGGCUCGAUUCAAACGGCAGAUGGUGAAUUUAAGCGACCAUUUGGUAUACUCUGCACAUACCGCUGCUUCCUCUGGUUUCCGCCGAUUUACCCGUACUGCGAAUUCAUUUUCGAUCUGCGCUUAUCGAGGCACUUCACGUCGUUCCCGGACUGCUACGAAAUACGCUGUAACGAGACGUUCACGUUCUUCGGUCACGAGCAGCAGAACUUCUGA